CGCGCCCGGCGGCGGUGCGUGGCCAGCGCGCUGCCCGCCGCCCGCCUUUCCCGCGGAGCCUCGCGGUCCAUGUGCGCGGAGGCAGAGAGAGAUCGCGCCGUGCGUCGUGAUCCGCGGCGAGGAGGAGCAGAGUCACCAUGUCGAGCGCGCCGCACGACCCCUUCUACUCGUCCCCGUUCGGACCCUUCUACCGGCGCCACUCGCCCUACGCGGUGCAACCGGAGUACCGCAUCCACGAGCUGAACAAGCGGCUGCAGUCGCGCACGGAGGAGAGUGACAACCUUUGGUGGGACGCCUUUUCCACUGAGUUCUUCGAAGAUGACGCCACAUUAACCCUUUCGUUCUGCUUGGAAGAUGGACCAAAGAGAUACACCAUCGGACGGACUCUCAUACCUCGCUACUUCAGCACGGUGUUCGAGGGUGGGGUCACGGACCUCUAUUACAUCCUCAAGCACUCCAAGGAGUCCUUCCACAACUCCUGCAUCACCGUGGACUGCGAUCAGUGCACUAUGGUAACUCAGCAUGGAAAGCCAAUGUUCACGAAGGUUUGCACGGAAGGACGUUUGAUUCUCGAAUUUGCCUUCGACGACCUCAUGAGGAUCAAGACCUGGCAUUUCACCAUAAGGCAGUACAGAGAAAUGGUCCCCCGCAGCAUUUUAGCCAUGCAUGCCCAGGACUCGCAGGUGCUGGAGCAGCUGUCCAAAAACAUCACGCGGAUGGGCCUCACCAACUUCACCCUUAACUACCUCAGGCUGUGUGUCAUACUGGAACCCAUGCAAGAGCUGAUGUCCAGACACAAGACCUACAGCCUCAGCCCGCGGGACUGCCUCAAGACUUGUCUGUUCCAGAAAUGGCAGCGGAUGGUGGCUCCACCAGCAGGACACCCACAGAACUUCAAAACGGAAAUUUUCCCUCCAAAUCUCAAAAAAGCUGAGCCAGCGAGGCAGACGACAACGAAGAGGAGGAAGAGGAAGAACUCGGCCAGCAGCGCGUCCAACAGCAGCGCGGGGAACAGCGGCAGCAAGAAGCGCAGCCCUGCCAGCAGCUUCAGCCUCUCCGGACAGGUACCUGACGUUAUGGUUGUCGGGGAGCCGACGCUAAUGGGCGGGGAGUUCGGAGACGAGGACGAGCGGCUCAUCACGCGCCUGGAGAACACUCAGUACGAUGCUUCCAACGGCAUUGACGACGAGGAUGAUUUCAGCAGCUCUCCAGCCCUGGGAAACAGCGGCCCAUGGAACAGCAAGCCUCCCAGCAGCCAGGACAGCAAGCCGGAGAGCGCGGCACCCCAGCCAUCGCAGUGAGGAGACUCCCGUGCUCGCCACUAGGGCGGCGCCGUCCGACCACACACUGUGCUCCGAGCCGCUCGCACCGAGUGCUGUGAUUGAACUGUGAAAAUUCCAGUCGCUUCCAUAUAAAAUCCGGAGAAGCAGAGGGAAUCAGAACUGGGAUACGGUUCAAACAGACUUUUCUAAUGAGGAAGCAUCCAGAUGUUUCCCUGUGAGCAGCUGAUUCAAAGCCUGGGAGAAGGACGUGCGGAAUCCUCGAGAUGAGUCUCUCAGAGUGUGAGGGAUCCAUGAAGGACAGGAGUGAUAAGCCAGUCUGUAAAUUCGCUACCAUUGUGGAUCUGGGCGCCGCCUGGCCCUGCUGUACCAUAGUUAUACCACUUCUUACAUCAGUCAGGCCUUCUGAGUGCUGACGCUCAAAGCUUUCCCGACGAUGUUCUCGGAUCACUCGCAUGUGUGUUUAGUCGUAUGCGGCUGCGAGAACUUAACUGACGCCCUGGUUCUGCAAACUACAAAAACGUCCACUUAUAUUGCAAAGUGAGUUCCUUCUCGACGCUUGUUUUAUGUGUUGUUUUUCAAUCCCUGUCCCUUUGCGCUCCACUGAAAUCAUAGAAUGAAAUGAGGUCUUUAUUUUGCUGUCGCGCAUUUGUAGGUUUCUGAAUUAUUGCCCAUUGCAGCUUUCGCUUCAAACCAAAAUAAGCUCCGAUUCAUCGAGUUCUUAUUUUUAUACCUAUUUUUUGGUUUGAUUCAGAAAUGAUCUUCAUGCGAUAUAUAGAAAUGUCAUAAUUACAACAGUAUCAUACACAGCAGCUAAGAUAAUAUAAAGAUAAAAAAUAAUCAUCUGAUUUAUUAUAGUCAUUGAUUAUAAGAAAUAAUCAGUGCUUUUGUUGAAUUUCGAUUAAUUCCAUUAAACAAAAAUUGUUCCCCUUCAAGGCUGAACGAUGUGAUAUAGUGCCUACUGUGCGAAAAUUUAAAUUGUGCUUUAAAAUGUAUUAUUUAAAUAAGGGUUUUAUGACAAAACUGAUCGUUGCUGUUUGAGUUUCCGGUUGUGAGUUGCGUAGAGGCCCACAUCGGGAGUCUCAGUGUAAUGACUGGGUUUCGAUUGAAAGUUAGUUUUAAGAAAUAAGCAGCAUUAAAGGUUAAAUUUAUCAUCACACACUUUUCGUUUUUAAAUUUUUGUGUUAAAUUUACACACAAAUUAUAAAUUAUACUGUUGCUAAGAGAUGUAUUUGUAGAUGAAAUGUAUGAUUUGUCUCGUAAGUAAUGUUGAGUUUCUUUGUCGAGACAGUUACAGCUAUUGAAAUCACCCGUAAAAAAGUAACAUUCAUACAUGUUUCAUGUUUAUUGAAAAUUCGCUUUGGCCACUAAGAAAAUGGGAACAACAGCAUCGAAAUUCCACACAGCGUCAUGCUGUUGUGUCACCUUGCCAUUACACAUUUAUUGUGGAAAAGGGGUGGUGGAAAAAGUACGUUAUAUCAAACGACAGUUUUAUUUGCGCAAAUUUCGGGAAUAAAAUUUGUUGGUGUGUUCAAAGCUCUGUAAAUAUGCUAAAAAUCAUUUUAAGGUCACUAAACAAAUUUCUUAGCCUG